UGAGUUUUGGGGUUUCUUGUGCUAGAUUGAAGUUGUGAGAUCAAGGGAGCUAUUUCACCAAGCCAUUUAGGGGGGCAGGUGACUCUGUGAAGACUUGGCAACGAUGAUUUUUCACACUUAUGAGAUGAGCUUCCAUUACAAGCUGACUGUAGAGGCUGGCCAACCCCCAACUGCAAUCAGUGAUGGGGAAUCAGUACGGUAUAACUCGUUCACUGGUUUGGACAUGGAUAUACAAGCCGGGUCAUGUAGAGGCCUUGUUCAAUUGCAGAAGUGCAUAUUGGCUCAUCACUUUGCUGCCUUUGGUUUCUCAGCAGCUAUAGAAUGCAGGUUCUUGAGAUUUACUUGGGAAAAUUGCUGUAUUCUAGUCUUGCCACUUAGUGCUGACAGAUGCAUGGCCAACCCCCAACUGCAAUCAGUGAUGGGGAAUCAGUACGAUAUAACUCAUUCACUGGUUUGGACAUGGAUAUACAAGCCAGGUCAUGUAGAGGCCUUGUUCAAUUGCAGAAGUGCAUAUUGGCUCGUCACUUCGCUGCCUUUGGUUUCUCAGCAACUAUAGAAUGCAGGUUCUUGAGAUUUACUUGGGAAAAUUGCUGUAUUCUAAUCUUGCCACUCAGUGCUGACAGAUGCAUGGCCAACCUCCAACUGCAAUCAGUGAUGGGAAUCAGUACGAUAUAACUCGUUCACUGGUUUGGACAUGGAUAUACAAGCCAGGUCAUGUAGAGGCCUUGUUCAAUUGCAGAAGUGCAUAUUGGCUCGUCACUUCACCGCCUUUGGUUUCUCAGCAACUAUAGAAUGCUGGUUCUUGAGAUUUACUUGGGAAAAUUGCUGUAUUCUAAUCUUGCCACUUAGUGCUGACAGAUGCGUAAGAUUCGCACUGACGAUUCUUGAUAGAUUAACAAUCUCUAGUCUGUAGGCUAUUCUUGAGUACACGUUCCAGCAGAUAAGGGGUGCGAUUGUUGGAUGGACCUGGUGCACUGAGAGCCAAUGGAUCAAAUGGGGGCGGUUAAGUGUUGUACCAAAACCAGUGUGGGCAGGGAUCUAUUAAAAGAGCAAGCGACUGUACUGUCGUGUAGCCGAGGAGGCUAGAGGUAAGGUGAGGGCAAUUAGACCUUUUAUAUGAGGAUAGCUAUGAGGUAACAGGUAAGGUGCAAGACACUUCAAGGGAUAAUCUCUUCAGACCAGAAAAAUUUAUGCCAUCCACUUGAGCAACACCAAAUCGAACCAAGUUCCUGAUCAAUAUGCUCAUGCUGUAUCUCCCGGCUUCUUACUUCACUUUAGAACUAGUAAUGGAGUGCUUUUGAUUAGCGCUUGUGUGGUUCUUUGUGUUUAUUUAGUUCCUCUUCUCUUUGGGUAAAGCCAACAGGAACUUUCAACAGCUGAAACUGGGAUUAAAGAUUGAUGGUGACUUUAGAUUUCAAUAGAAAAUAGAAAAAUAAUUUCAGUUACUUAAGCAGAAGCUCGGUUUUUACUACCUCUCCAGGAGCACUUCCAGUAACAGGCAGCUUUAAGUGAAAUCUGUGUUGGAAGCGCUAAAAGACUACGCAAUCUUGCAUCCAAGGUAGGAAAAUUAGUUUGUACGUACGUCUGUAGGCUCAGUCAAAAGUCAGUAAAGCU